AACUGACAAAUCGUUAAAAAUUCACAAGUAGAAAUUGUGAUUUUGUUUUCGUAGCUUGGAAAUUGUACUAUUAAAUUAAUCAUCAAGCAAGGACUACUACUCGCGAUUGAUAUUCGUUUAUCGUUAUUCAUUACUAAGUUUGUCUUUAUACUGUUGUAUAUACAUUAUUUGCGAGUGAUCGCUGUUCUUUCGAUUAUGUAUUUUUAUUUUCUGAUUCGUUAUAAAUUGAUAAAGUAACGCAAAUAAAUAGUCUUUAUUAGUAACGGACAAAGUAUUCGACAAGUGUUAAGUUUGCGUUAUAAUUUAUUUGUGUGAAACUUUCGAGAUGCCUGUGACACUCAUGGACAGGUUGCCCUUGCCGAACCUGAAGGUUUAUUCGGCGGGAAGUGUUUUACUGCUUUCUAUUGCAGUUUAUUACGCCGUUAAUGUAACUAGUGAUCCUAAUUGGAGAACAAACGCCACCCUCCAAAAGCAGCAAGAUGUACAUAUGGAAGCUGCAGAUAUGGAUGGUGCCAGAAAUCUCACUGAACAAAUGAUGGAAGUGAUGACCUUUAUGAUUCAAGAGCCCCUGUGUAUGUGGACCCUGAUCAAUAUGUCUUGGUGUCUGUUGGCGGUGGGUGGGUGGGCGGUGGUGCGCGCAGUCUUCGGGCGUUUGCGCGUAAGUGAAGCGCAGCGCGCUAAGGACAAGCUGUGGAACUAUGUGUUCUAUAAGUUCAUCUUCGUGUUUGGGGUGCUCAAUGUCCACUAUCUGGACGAGCUUCUUCUCUGGUGCGCCUGGUUUACGCUUCUUGGCGCGCUUACCCUACUUACUCAGCUAGCUAAGGACAGAUUUGAAUAUUUAUCGUCUUCGCCGACUUCGUCAUCAUGGGCGCACGGGAGGCUUGUGGCUCUGCUCGCUGGCGAGCUGAUUGCUGGAGCUACGCUGAUGGCUGUGGCGGUACGAUGGGGGCUGCCUGCAGGCCGAGACACAUUCGCCUUCAUGGCCGCUGAGUGCGUGAUAGCUAUGGUGCCUUGCGUGCACGUAGUAGCUCGAUUUGUACUGCGAGCACGCGGUGUUGAUACAGCCGGCUCCGCUGCCUACUACACGCAUCUCGUCUUCGACGCGGUCGGGCUAGUAGCUGAGACGGGUCACGUGGCCCACAUGGUGGUUCACAGCAACGCGGUAGUUUCUAUGGCCUCGAUGGUGCUGUUGAUGCAGCUGCGACACCUGUUACACGCACUUCUGGCCCGCCUUAAGAGACAUCGCCUUUACGCUGCGCUGGCGUAUCAUAUGAGCCGCAACUACCCUAUGGCCAGCCCGGAGGAGGUAGAAAAGAACCAGGAUAACUGCGCCAUCUGCUGGGAACCCAUGAAGGAGGCGCGUAAACUGCCCUGCGCUCAUCUAUUCCACAACUCGUGCCUUUGUCGUUGGGUGCAGCAAGACGCUUCGUGUCCCACGUGCCGACGAUCGCUGUCGGCCCGCCCCACGCCGCCGCCCGCUACGCUCACGCCUCUGUCUCCGCUUAAUCCACUGAACCCGCUCACACACAUUGGUUCCGAUCCGCCCGCCGCUAACCACCUUUUCCACUUUGAUGGGUCCCGAUAUGUUUCAUGGCUGCCUAGUUUCUCUGUGGAGGUGACAAGAGUGCCAGCCCCUGCCAUCGCCACCCCCGCCCCGCAGACAAACACGCCACUGUCACCGCAACUGGAUGCAAUUAUCGCACAGGUGUCAGCUGUGUUCCCUCAGUACAGCGCAGCAGCGGUACGUGCCGACGUGUCCCGUACGCGUUCCGCUCACCUCACAAUCGAGAACAUUCUGGAAGGAAGAUUGCCCACGCCCCCUUCACCUCCCACAGAGAAUGCAAGGCCAAUAAAUCUUGAGCCAGCCGUCACCGCUCCCGAAUCCGUUGCUGAACUACACAGCGCUGAGUCAGCGGAAGCGGAGUUUUCAGAGAGCGCCGCAGAACGCGAGAUGGCGCUGAAACGUCGUAAAAUGCAAUUGCUUGACGCUGCCAGGAGACGAUACUUGCAAAGACUUAGCCCCAAUAUAACGGAACAUGGAAUGAUGUCCUGAAUCACGAACCGGCUUUAAAUUGUAUGUUACUGAUGUCAGGUGUAUCGAACUGUAUAUGACGUAACAGAGGUAAAUUGAUCUCAAACGCAUUCGUUUUAAGGAUAUAAAUGAUUAAGUGAAGCUUGACCUUUUCGACAAUUCAAAUUGCUAAGAACACGGAAUCGAUGUUAAUUAACUUGUAAAUAUAUAUGUUGGACAUUAAUUAAUAUAACUGCACAAAGUCAUCAAACAUACCUUUUUUAAUGUUAGUAAAAUUACUAAGUACUUAAAUAACCCCUUUUGGGUGGGAUAGACCUUUAAUAACUUGUUUUCAUAGUUUACAAUAAUCUGUCUGGCUGGUGGCUAAUGUGAGAACUCAUAAAUUUUAACUCAAAAGUGAAAAUGGAAAAUAGACAUCUGAGUUAAAUUUAGUGAUCAAGCCAUUGAUUUACAACUUUAAGUGUUUAUUGUAGAUGAUAACAAAUUCAAUUAGUAUCAUUGCUUAUUAAGGUUAUACACCAUUUUAAUGAAACAAUAAUCAAAGACGUAUUGCUUCUUUAAAAAAAUUAUGAAACAAGGUCACUGGGUAGUGAAACAUUUUAGAGGCUGAUUCUACAUGUUAAAAAUUAUUGUGACAGUUUUUUUGAGGUAGAAAUCUUCCUUCCUUCUACAUAAAGGUUUAUUCCUGUAAUCCUCUGUUUAAAUUUCAAAAUUGUGUUAUUUUAAAGCUAUGCUUAUAUAAUCAAAUUACUAAAUUCAAGUCACCAGUGAAUUUGUGAUACCACAGAAUGCUCAUAUAUUUUUUUAUGAUUUCACUGAAAUUUUCAAUAGAUUAAUUAUUUUGUUGCUGAUAAUAAAGUAUUUUAUUUAAAUUUGAAUACAGUAACUUUUGCUAUAUUUCCAGUCAGUUGUUGCUCAUUUCAUGGUUGACUGCUUUGUUAUUUUAACUAAUUAUAUGUAGAUAAAUUUUAAGAGUAUUUUUGUAUGAGUACCUUAUUUGAAAGUAUGACUUGUCCAUUAUAGAUAGUUUUCUCUAUCCUAUUGUCAUAAUUUUAAAUGUUUGUAAAUGGCAGCCUUGCCAUAUAGCUAUAUAUAUCAAAAAAUAUAUAAAGUGAAAAAGAACACUUCCUUCAUUUAGAUUAUUAUUAUAGAUAUUAAUUAAUAUUUUAUUUUAAAACCAAAAAAAUGUCCUUAAAUUUCAUUGAUAUAUUAUUUUUGUACAUUUGCACCAUCUUGUUAUUGUCAAAAUUUUAUUUAAAUACUUGUUAAAUUUUCAAUUGAAAGCAGAUACUGGAUUGAAGAUUUAGUAUAAAUAAAAUGAUGUAUUAAAAUUAAAUACUAGUCAAUAAAAACUAUAACAUAAACAUUCAAAUGAUUUUAUUUUAGAAAGUAGGUACCUAAGAUGAAACCAUUUUUUGACCAUGCCCUCACUGUAUUAAAAUUAUUAUAGACUCACUGUAUUGAAUGAUAUAUUAACACCACA